GGCACGUUACAGCACGGCGGGCAUGAUUUACCCAUCUCUGUGCGGUUAGUGUGGCGCGUGAAACGUACAAGUGUUUGCCCGGUUUCUGCUCCCUGCCUCCUCUUAACCGUAUCAUAUAGUCCUGCCCAGUUCAGUGAUAGUGGGCCGAGGCUCGCAGGUUGUUCCUUCACGCCAAAAGCUAGGCGGCCGGUCUUACUGGAUUACGGAACGAAGAAAAAUCAAUAAUUUAAUGUAGACCUGCUGCUGGCAGCAAGGGGUGAAAACGGCGCUACCAAAAGACACCACUCUAGAGACUCGGCAGUAGGAAGCCACACUCUUCAAUACAGCCAGGAAUUAACGGGCUGUGUCCGAUUUUUAUCACUUCAUUGUGCUCAUCACUUGCGUGGUCGUCGUGAGAAAGACCGGAAGAAAGUGUGAAUGUGCGUUCUGCAACUGUUAUCGGUGGACGCGUUAAUUGUGAUCUUGAGCAGCUUGUCCACUUUCAGAUUCGCGUGGCACAGUGUUUGCUGCGGACAUGCGAAAAACUAAAAAUCGAUAACGAGUAACCGAAUACACGCGGGCAACAGUGGCCAUUUGAAUUUUGCAGUAAUAUCAUACAGUUGUGAAAUCGUUGUGUGCAAUAGACCGCUGGUCUUGGUCGAAUGUCGAACGAAGCGAACAGUAAGAGCGAGGAGGGGAGAGUACCGACACUAACCCCAGCAGCAGCAUUGGAUCAUAAUGUUCCCAAGAAAGUCACCAGCGUUAUCCCGAAGCACAGACAGAAACUGUUGAAAUGGAAUGGCUGGGGAUACAAAGAUUCGCGCUUCAUGUAUCAGGAUGGAACUAUCGUCUUCACCGGUGAUAGGUAUCCGAUCGGCGGUAGGGUAUCGUUGCCACACUUCCACGACUACGUGAUUGAUAACUUCAACGUGGAUUUGGCGGACAGACGGGAAGGGGUGCCGAUACCGAACGAGUUUCCUCCACCAGUGCCGUGCCAAGAGUUUCUAGCGGAGGUGCAAGGCGCUGGUGUGGAUUUUACGCAGCAUGGCGAGGAUCGUCUAAUUCGCUGCCAUGGCCAAACAUUGCACGACGUCCACAUGUUACGAACUGGGAGCUUCAAACGUAUUCCGGAUAUGGUGCUCUUUCCGACCUGCCAUCAGCAAGUGGUCCAGAUUGUCGUUUUGGCCAAUAAGCAUAACGUAGUACUAAUACCGUACGGUGGUGGAACGUCAGUCUCCGGUUCGGUGACUUGCCCGGAGGAAGAGCAGCGCCCUAUUGCCGCCCUCGAUACUACGCAAAUGAAUCGAAUGAUGUGGAUCGAUCGGCAGAACUUAGUUGCUUGCUUCGAAGCAGGCAUUGUCGGGCAGGAUUUGGAGCGAGAGAUGCGUCAGCUUGGUUUCACCGUUGGCCACGAACCGGAUAGCUACGAAUUCUCGACACUCGGUGGAUGGGUUGCAACGCGGGCGUCCGGUAUGAAGAAGAACGUGUACGGUAACAUCGAGGAUUUGGUUGUGCGUGUGAAGAUGGUGACGGGACGGGGGGAGGUGCUGGAACGAGGAAUUUCGGUACCGCGGAUUUCCUGCGGACCAGACUUCAAUCACAUUGUGCUCGGCUCCGAAGGAACACUCGGUGUCAUCACGGAGGUCGUCAUCAAGAUCCGUCCUCUGCCGCAGGUUAAGCGGUACGGUUCGCUCGUCUUUCCCAACUUUGCGUCGGGCAUUCGUUGCCUGCGAGAGGUGGCGAUGGAGCGACUGCAACCAGCCAGCAUACGUCUGAUCGACAAUGAACAGUUCGUGUUCGGCCAGGCACUCAAGAUCCCCGGUGGUGCGUUUGCGCGAGUUGGGGAGCUGCUGAAGAAAGCGUACAUCACGAAGGUGAAGCGUAUGCAGCUGGACAAGAUUGCGAUAGCGACGCUGCUGUUCGAAGGACACGAGGGCCAAGUGCGACAAAAUGAGGAAAAAAUCUUUGCUAUCGCCAAGCGUCAUGGUGGCUUCUCGGCCGGUAGCAGUAAUGGCGAAAAGGGCUACAUUCUAACCUUCGUCAUCGCUUACAUCAGGGACUUGGCACUAGAUUACAGUAUUGUGGCUGAAUCGUUUGAAACGUCCGUACCAUGGGACCGUUGUGAGUCGCUGUGUGUCAAUGUUAAAAGCUGCGUCCGUAAGGAAUGUGCCAAACACAAUAUUCAACACUACCUCAUCUCUUGCCGGGUGACGCAAACAUACGAUGCUGGGGCCUGCGUGUACUUUUACUUCGGCUUUAACCACGCCGGCUUCAUGAAUCCGGUCACGAUCUACGAGGAAAUCGAAAACAAGGCCCGUGACGAAAUAUUGGCCUCAGGGGGCUCGAUCUCACAUCAUCAUGGUGUCGGUAAGAUCCGGUCGCGCUGGUAUCCCCAGAGCGUCUCGGAAGCCGGUGUCCAGCUUUACAAAGCGACCAAGCGAGAGCUUGAUCCGAAUAACAUUUUUGCCGCCGGAAACCUCAUUCCCAGGGAACUGCAGAAGGCUGACACUGCCACUUCACCCAGCGUAAAGGCCAAGCUGUAGAAUUGCUGCAGCAUGCCGUUACAUGGUUGUUCCCAUUUUUAGCUGCUCUUUGCUUGACUUCAACAAAUCCCGACAUAAACAUUACAAACAUUCCAGCCAGCCCCUUCUUCUUCUGCAUUUGCGUGCGUGUCUACCCCGCUUUGUUAAGGAAGAUUUAGCUAACAGACGAACUAACAUUUGUUACUAGUGACUUUCAAUGUGCGGUUUAUUUUUAUAGAACAAUUUUUUGGGGUAUGUUUCUUUUUUGUUGCGAUGCUAGACAGGUUUUUGUAAUAUGGAAUAAAACAAUUGAAAUAAAAUGGAUAAAGCAA